GUGUGUGUGUUUUAAUAGAUGUUGUGUCUGACUCUGAGAAUGAGGAGCCACUCAGCAGGAUGCCCAAGACCAUCUCUGCCUUCAUCAGGAAAACCAAAACCUCGUCCUCCUGCACAGGAGGUUCCGCCAGGAGUCGAAGUUGUACGGAUCCAGUGGAGGACGGGGGACAAAAGCUGAAGGUCGUGUCCCAGCCGGCUGUCGUUGAUAAGGAUUCCAUCAGCCACAGCUACGCGGCAGGCAUCCUCCUGUCCUCUGAGAACAGCCGCUCUGCCUCUCUUUCUGACCGGAGGCUCAUCUCACAUGUAGCCGCGACAUCCACACCCGCGGCCACUCAGUCCCGGCCGGAGUGCUCCAUCAGCCCGGAGAGUAACGAUAGCAUCUCCGAGGAGCUCAACCACUUCAAGCCCAUUGUUUGCUCACCCUGCACACCACCGAAGCGUCUACCCGAUGGCCGACUGAUGGAGCCCACCAUUAUCAAGUCCACGCCGCGGAAUCUCACCCGCGGCCUCCAGAAGGCCACCAGCUAUGAGGCCAGCCCGGCUGUCCUGCAGAAGUGGAGGCAGAUUGAGCUGGAUCGCCAGCGCAUCAACAUGAACUCCAAGGCAACACUGACGAGCCCCAUCAGUGAGCUCCACGCCAAAACGGGCUGGGCGGAAGACGGGAGCGGUGCGGGCACCACAAAGACUCGUCAGGUGCUGUCAGCAGGACACGAUGGUGAUGGAGUCUUUAACAAGAGGAGGCUGGUCUUUGACCCGCCGGAUAGCUUUCAGAAACCAUCGGUUAAGAUUUGGGUGCCUGCGAUCCGCUACAACAGUGAGGUGACUGUUCGGGGAAGCUCACGGUCAGACCAGACAGUUGGAACGCCGGAACUGUGCAGUGAAGCCAUGAUUGACAGGAAACGAUCCUUUUCGCCUUAUCCAAGGAAGUCAGGUUUUCAGUGUUGUAAGUUAUCAUGUAAGGACUCCAUCAGUACCAGGAAGGACGAGGACAGUGGCAUCUACAACCAGUCUGCCUCACGCAGAGGCAGGAAGAGGAAGCAGAAGACGAAACACUUGGACUCUGACAGGGAGGUGGACCCAAAGAGGAGUAAGUCAGCCAACCAGGACACCUGUGUCCAGCAGUUAAAGCAGGAUCGAGCCCUGGCCUUGAAGCUCCAGAGACAGUUUGACCUGGAGAACCAGGGCGUCAAUAGGAGACAAAGCCCUGACAAGUACUUCCUGCGUUCCUGGAUGGCUAAUCAUAACCGCAGGAGGCGUAGUCUUCGACGAAUCUCCAAGAAGCUUUAGUGAGGAACCAGCAGAGCUGUUUGGACUUGAUUCUGGAUUUCCUCUCUAAGAAGACCACCAACCUGCCUGGUGAAAUGAGAGGCUCCUAAAGGACGUAACCACGAGUCUUCCCUGAACCGUAACACCUCAACCUUUAUGAUGGCAUCACAUGAGAUGUUUGAGGACAACAAGUUCAUAAUUCAUUCAUCAUGAAACACACCAAACUCCAGGACCAAAGCCCGUUCAAGAAGUGUGAGGUGUGGACACGUGUGUGGUGGCCCCCUCUGACCUCCUGGGGACAGAAGGUGCACUCUGGCCACUCCUGCUUGGACCCUCAGCUGCAUAUCCAGCAUCAGCUGAAUCCACUGGAUGUCUUCAGUGCUGGAGGUAUUUUGGACCGGUGGCUUCCAACAGGCGUGAGAAUUCCCUGUGGAUCCAUGUGUAUCCCAGACUGAAGACUUGCUGUGGUGAUGGUGGAUGGUACAGAGGACCUCUGUCAUAUUCUGGUGCCGGAUAAGAAUCCUUUUUAGUGGUCAUCUUGGUUGGAUUUUGGCCAGUUGAACUAAUUGUCACUGCACAGGAUCCGGGUGUUGCAGUGAUGCUGAUUGGCUGAACUCUGACUAUGUUCACCACUGAAAAGAUCUUGCUCAGUGUCCAGAGAUGUUGUGCAGCUUCUCUGCGUCGCCGCUGUAACUGCAGCAGGACACCAGUUUGGGAUUCAACGGGGAAUUCUCAUUCCUGUUCAAAAUAAGUUCUCGUCUCCACCCGGCCAGGCAGCCUUCCUCUGGCUGUGACGGCUGAGGGCUUUGGCGGGAAGCCUGUGGUUGCAUUACAGUAUUGGUUCCGAGUCCUGGUCCAUGGGACCCAAAGUCCUUUCCUUGUUCUACCUGCACAUGAUGAGCUGGAUCAGGUGUUGAUCUAGUCUGAGGAGAUCAGGGACAGAGGACCAGGACUGGGCACCGCUGCUUCAGAGUUAGAGAAGCUGGUAAAAAUGCCGGCGGGGGAUUCGAACUGCAUCAUAGACGAAGAUCUCAGAAAAAUACAACCACCGAUCAGGAGCAGGAAUGACUCAAAGAUGGAUGUCGUGGACGCAGCACAGCUGAACUCUGCUGGGACUGGAGGUGGUGAAAAUGGAUGGAUGAGGUGUGUGUGUGUGUGUACGCGCGCGCGCCAGUGUCAAAGUGGUGUUGAAGGGCUAUAUUUACUCUACCACAUUAGCUUUACUUUGUACCACCGUGAUAUGCACAUUUUUAAACCUCCUACUAUAGCUUUGGUCUUUCUUGCAGUACCACUGUCUGCACUGUGGGGGCGUUGUGAGUGCCAAAAUGCCAGACUGUUUUAAAAGCAGAAAUCUGUGCUGCUGAAAACCAACAACCUUUAACUUAAAGGAUGUGAAAAUGCCAAAA